AUGCGCCUCUUACUUUCUACUGCCAUCUUUGGCAUUUUUCUCUUCUUGACUAGCUUUGCUCACAGCGCUGCAACAGACAUUAAUGAACUAUCGUUGGCGGAGCGCUCAGGUACCUCUGAGAUCGCCCGUCGAGGAUGGAAGUUCAAGAGCAUCUUCAAAGGCAAGAGCAGCAAAGGUUCUAGCUCCGCCCAGCCAGAGCAGGAAGUCGAGUCCGAAUCAGACAACGAGGAGCAAACCGCUGCAGCCGAUCUGAGCGACGCUGAGGAUGGCCGUGUGCCGGACAUUACGAAGAGGGGCUACAUAUUCCAGGCACAUCGCCGCUCGGACUCUGUGAGAGUCGACGUUGGUGUCAUGAUUCCUUCGCCUCAGGAUUGGAAGCCCGACAUGUUCUGGAGCAUGGACGAUAUGGCCGUCUACCCGAGUGAGAACGAAAUCAGAGUGUUUAACGCGAUCAACGAAGACGACCCCACCCCCGAGCCGCGCAAAUGUCGCUUCCGGACCAUCAUGAUGGCCACUUGGAAGGAAUACUCGAACAAAUACGUGUCAGAGCUGGAAUAUGUGAGCUUCGCCAGUAUUACGAACGAAGAUGCGCUAGAGUCAAUCAAGCAGGCGUACCUAUGGAUGGAGAGAAGCCAAGAUGCGGGCGAACCGAACGAACUUCAGAUUGACAAGACUGAGGAGGGAACGGAUGAGCGGAAGGCAUUCAACUGGCUCGUGAACCAGAACCCGCUUGGCCGGGCUGUUCGAGGCAUUCCGUCAACGUUCACCGCGAUGGAGGAUAAGGAGAUAGAUCGAGUCGAUUUAUGGACCAGCAACGGAAGCAGGUAUAUUCGCUAUCGGCUUCGCUGA